CUUUUCCCCCCUUACCACACCGCACUAAGCCACUCGUCACACUUUGCAACAAUGGCCACUGAGAUCCCCACUUUCAAGCUCGUGCUCGUCGGAGAUGGAGGAACAGGAAAGACCACCUUCGUCAAGCGCCACAUGACCGGAGAGUUCGAGAAGAAGUACAUUGCCACCCUCGGUGUGGAAGUCCACCCGCUCGAGUUCCACACCAACUUCGGCAAGAUCGUCUUCAGCGUGUGGGACACUGCUGGACAGGAGAAGUUCGGUGGUCUGCGAGACGGUUACUACAUUGGUGGACAGUGUGGUAUCAUCAUGUUUGAUGUCACUGCCCGUAUCACCUACAAGAAUGUGCCCAACUGGCACAGGGAUCUGGAGAGGGUCUGUGAGAGCAUCCCCAUUGUGCUGUGUGGAAACAAGGUCGACGUUAGGGAACGCAAAGUCAAGACCGGAGCCGUCACCUUCCACCGCAAGAAGAACCUGCAAUACUUCGAGCUCUCUGCCAAGUCCAACUACAACUUCGAGAAGCCCUUCCUGUGGCUUGCACGAAAGCUCGUCGGCAACCCUUCCCUGGAGUUCGUUGCUGCCCCCGCUCUGGCCCCUCCCGAGGUCAGCGUGGACGCCAACCUGAUGGAGCAGUACAACAAGGAGCUGGAGGCUGCUGCUGCUGCCCCUCUUCCCGACGAGGACGAUGCCGACCUUUAG